AUGAGAUGGAUCGGGGUCAAGUUUGAUGACAAUGACUUUUUGGUCUGGGAUGAUCUCUUUGGCAGAGUCGAAGAGGGAGUAACCAUUGAUGUUGUCAGGGGGAGAAGCGUUUUCAUCGGAGAACAAUGCACAGGUUUUGGUCUUGAAAGAAUAGAAGCUGGCAUUAAAGGUGGUGAUGAAUUUGGGGUUAGUGGUAACGGUUUGUAA